GCAAUGACAGGUCCCCUUCACUCGAUCCUCCACGAUCCUCUCGAUGGAAUCUAGAUCAACGAUGACUAAGAAUCAAGGGAACGGAUCUUGCAACGAGACACACGGAAGAGCGUCCUUAACCGGUGGAAACAAACGCGAUACCGGAGACAUCAUGCUCCAACGUGUGUCCACCGUACAACGGAAUAUCACCGCUCAAAAUAACAGCCGGCCUUUGCAAGAGGACAACUGGCAGGUAAACGGUGUCCAGACGGCGCGAUUAAAGUGCAACUCAUUGGCAAAGGGCAAUAGUUGCCCCGUGAACCAAUACAGCCUCGUCGCCUCUAGGGGGGAUCUCGCUCGAAAUAACUGCACCGCGAGAGAGACGCCGGCGCCGUGCAUCGUUGACAAGAGGAGCAAGCCGACCGUGAACGCGAGUACUCGCGCAAAACAUCGGGACAACUUGUCUCUGAAAGGAGACAUCCCCUGCGAGAGGCUCGCCAAACACGCGGAAGGAUCGACGGAUUUCAGGAAAGCUCAACGGCCUAUAAGAAAAUCGUUCUCGGUACCCGAUUAUCUGAGAGAAGGUCUUUCGACAACGCGGAAGAUCGGGCGAGGACCGGGCGAGGAGAGCAUUCUGAAAAAGUCUUCCGCGUUUCUGUCCAAUUUCACCCAUCCGGCGAACAAAAUUAGAGAGAGGAAAUUGAGCAAGCAGAAUAAUUGUUGCAACGAGGCGAGCUCGGCAAGGUAUCCGAGUUUGAGAGGUUAUCUCUCGUUGUUGAACAACGAUCUCGAUCCGUUUCAACGCGCCCCGACCGUGCAAACGUUGCUGGUCGAGCGAAGGAAGACGAACGGUGUAAAGAAAUCGGUGUCCUUCAGUUCGGACACGAGCUUCGAGGAGAAACGGGCACCUUACAAAAGAGCCGCCGUCCACGAGGCCAAGGUGUAUCACAAGGGUGUUCUGCAAGAUCGUAGCGUGCGCGAGGUGGAUAUCGUCACGAAAGUGCCGUCCUCGUGGGAAGUAACCUCCGAGGGCCCAGCGGCCCUUCUGAGGGCAGCAAGAGAUGCCGACGAUGGAGUCCUCAAUGAGAUCGCAGUUCAAGUGCGAAAAUUUGGAUUUGGAAGCAUGGACGUCAAUAUGGCUGAUAGCAGCGGCAGGACCGCCAUCAGCUACAUGGCUGGAAACGGUGCCUCGACGAUGUUGGAGCUAGCGCUCUCGUUCGAAAGGGCGGAUCCGAAUAUCCCCGACAACGAGGGCAACACGCCAUUGCAUUUCGCCGCGCAAGCCGGGCAAACGGAAUGUUUGAACAUACUCCUUCAAAGGUGUCCGGACAUCGAGGUGGACGCGAGGAACGCGUCGGGUUUUACACCGUUGAUGAAGGCAGCCCUUCAAGGAAGGACUAAAUGCGCCAAAAUUUUGUUAUUCGCCGGCGCGAAUCCGACAUUGAGAGAUCACGGGAGAGGAUUGAGAGCGGAACAAUGGGCCAGAUUUUGUGGGAGGUACGUGUGCGCUGAAGUGAUCGAAAGGUUCGCUAGGCAUCGACUUCUUGAAAGAUCAACUUCUUGUCGGUGGGGUAGUGAACCUGAACUGGCAGCAAAAGUAUUACAAGGAAAGGUCGUGCCAGUUCCUACUACACCCUUGUCGUCGUCAUCUUCGGGGCUCAAAUCAAAAAUAAGAAAAGUUUUUCGCACAACAUCUGGACCAGACAGAAGUUUUUCUCUGGUCUCGCAAUUAACUAGCGCUGCCCUUUGCGCGAGUAGCCCCGCUUUACCAAAAUCCAGCGACGUUCCUCCUGUUGUUAAAAGUCUUCUUCGACCAUUGAGCGUUCCACAAUUAAGGUAACGAUGAUAUUUAUCUCAAAUAUUUCAUUUUACGAAUUAGANNACAAAUAUGGGUCAAAUUUCACAGAGAAAAUCGAGAAUACGGUAGGAAAACCAUCACGGUCAAAAAAGAAAAAUAAAUAAAUUGGUAAAUUUGCAUUCGUGAGCCGAUUUGUCAAUAAACGCGCGCAAGCGUGAAAAAUCGCGACGUUUCUCUCUCGAAAAAAAAA